GCAGAAACGCACACAAACGGCAAAGCAAACAAAAGGACAGCAAAAAGCAAGAACCAAGCAACAUGUCCGUGACGGAGGUGUGCUCGCUGGCGUACGAGGGCAAGACGGCAGAGCUGGCCGAGUACCUGACAAAGCACCCAGACCACGUCAACAAACGAGAUGAGGAUGCUCGUACGCCACUGCAUUGGGCGUGUUCAGCGGGCCAUUUGCCUGUCGUCGACCUCUUACUCCAGAAUGAUGCAGACGUGACCAUCGCAGAUGAGGCCGGGUGGACAGCUCUUCACAUUGCCGCAUCGGCUGGCCGCGACGACGCCGUGCGGAUGCUCCUCGACAAUGGAGCGAGUGUGAGUGCCAAGAACGACGCUGGCGCAACACCCCUGCACUACGCAAGCAGCAAGAACCACAUCCAGGUUGUCGAGCGACUGACGCGUGCUGGCGCCCCUGUCAAUGAAGUGGACAAGCACCAAUCCACCAGCAUCCACCGCGCAGCUGCCAGGGGCCAUCUGCGCGUGGUGAAAUUCCUGCUUGAUAACGGCGCGAGGAAGAAUGUCAAAGACUCGCAGCUCAACACUCCACUACACCUGGCGUGCGAGGGCCAGUGCACGGAGGUGGCGCUGGAGUUGCUGACACGCGGCGCAAACAUUGACAUCAGAAACAAGGAGGAGCGGCUGCCGCUGGAGUGCGCACCAAAAGCGCUGCGCACAAUUCUGCAGCGAAAGGUGGAGGAGAUGGAGGAAGACCACGAGGCACGCGACUGACACGUGUACACACACGUGCUUGCACGCACACUUAAUGCACGCAUUCAACACAGACACAGACACACGUACACAGACACACAGACACACAGACACAUACACACACAGAGCCACAUCUAUGCAUUCAACCAAGUUGACAGCCGUGGCAAGAGAUUUGCGACGUGCGUUUAUGGUCUCUUUGCGCCCAAUACACGGUGGGACGCGAACGCGAAGAGGUGAAUGUUAAAUACAAGCAAUAUACAGAUGCAAACAAUGUCCACAAGCAAUGUACAGAUACAAAC